GAGUGAGCAGCCUGAGAGAAACACAGCUUUACAACCACUGAGUGUUGGCCAGAAGAAAACAAGAAGUCCCAGAAGACAGUGAGCUCUCCUAACAUGAUGCCUGCAGCUAAAGGCAUGUCCCCAAUGAUACCCAAACACGUCCUGAGAGUGGGUCAAACUAUCCGCCUGGACUCAGCGCAGCAGACAGUCAAUCAGCAUCCCAUUGUCACAGAGCCCAGCAACAACCAUGGCAACCCUGAGCUUGAUAUUUCCCUGGAUAAUCUCAACCAGCUCAUCAUGGAAAUGGAUCCGACAUUUAGACCCAUUGAGGUCAACAAAAGUCCCAUGUGCAUCAGCCCACCUACAGACGACUCAGACGACUCAGACGAAGAUGUCCCCCAGUGCGUGUUGGUCCCUCGAGGAUGUUAUCCCUGCACCCAGCCCACUGUAGUCCCACCUGUGUCGCCCAGUAUACCCAUCCCUACAUCCAGCUGCAGUCCCCACGGCACAGUGGUGUUCUCCAGCUCCCCGUCGUCCUCACUGCCUCCGCUGCCAUUUGGAAGCGCACCCCGACGAAAUCAGUCACCGAAACCAGAGGGGAGCCAAGGAUGCCUGCGCUUGUCAUGCUCCAACAGAAACAGCAUUGCCUCGCUUCACUCCAUGUCAACAUGUUCAGACACCAGCUACAUCCUCGGCAGCAACUUGUCGCUGACCAGUGAAGACCCUGACUCUCCAGAGACUAUCGGCACCUUCACAGAUGCCGCCAGAGUAAGGCCACUUGAUAACAGGCACAGCCCAGAAAAGCCUCCGCUGUUGAGGCGAGGACACGAGCUUCACAGCAGAGGAGUACAGAGCAGUCCUGCUUCGCUCUCUGGGUCUUUCAGUGAUAUUCCAGUUGUGCUAGUCAACGGCGCACCACAGUCAGAUCUGCACAUGCAGUCUCCUGCACCAGAACCUGACCUGAUGCAGAACAUCCUUGUGUCCAGCUCAAAGCCAUCGUCUCCUCACAGUUUCCAAGCCCGUUUUAGUGGCAGCCAGCCUUCAAUGAAGUUUGUCAUGGACACUUCAAAGUUUUGGUUUCGUCCACAUAUCAGCAGAGCACAAGCUGAAGCCCUGAUAAAGGACAGAGACCCAGGGACAUUUGUGGUGAGAGACAGCACCUCCUACAGAGGCAGUUUUGGUUUGGCUAUGAAGGUGGAACAGACAGCUGCCAACUUCACUGCUAUCCCCUACCCAGAGAGCAAUUCAGAUGUCGUCAGACACUUCCUCAUUGAAUCAUCAGCAAAGGGAGUACGCAUCAGAGGCUCUUCUCAGGAACCAUACUUUGGUAGUCUCUCUGCCCUCGUCUACCAGCACACUGUUUCUGCAUACGCUUUGCCCUGCAGAUUACUGCUCCACUCCCAAGAUCUGGGCACAGCAGAACAAGAGAGGGCGAAUGACAAAGCAGCACCAGAGGACAAUAAAACAGCUUCCAAUUUCGUCUAUCUGAAUGCUGUCCCCACUGAGAUGCUGACGGGCCCUCAUGCCGUGCAGAAGGCAGUGUCCUCAACAUUUGAGAAGGUCCCGGGUUCCUUCACACCAAGCAUAGUCAACAUGAAGGUGUCGUCGAAGGGUAUUACGCUCACAGACAUCAACAGGAAGCUCUUCUUCAGGCGCCAUUACCCUGCUCACCUGCUCAGCUACAGUGGAGAAGAUCCAGACAAUCGACUGUGGUUGAGAGGUUCCAGUUUUGGUGCAAGGAUGUUUGGCUUUGUGGCAAAAGGUGUGGAAGCCGGCAUGGAGAAUGUAUGCCACGUUUUUGCAGAAUAUGACCCCCUGCAGCCUUGCAACAAAGUUGUCAAGGUUAUUCAGGCUGCUGUAGCCAAGCCAUAGACACACUGAGAAAAUAUGACACAACAAAUGGUCGUAAGGCCCUACAUACACUGUCUAUCUUACACUGCACUUUUCUCAUGUAACCUGACCCGUAGAGUGGUAAUCAUAAGUCACUACUGGACAAGUGAUUGUUUUUACCGAUUACAAGAGAAAAAAAAAUCUGAUUUAAAAGUGCUUAGGAUGACUCAGACUCAUAUCACGGUGACAUUAUUAAAGUCGUAUUAAAAAGACGAGUGUAACUGCUGCAUAUAUGAAGAUAUACAAGACUGAACUGCUUUGAUGGACAAAAAUCCAGCAACAUAUGAUUGUAAUCAAAUGGCACUACAACUGUUAAAAUAAUUUCUAACCAGCUUGUAAAAAUGCUAUAACAAAAGCAAACAAUAUUUUUGUAAUACCUGAUUAUUUCAAUGUAAAAUGUGAUUGUAGAAAAUGUUGCACUGUUAUCAAAUAUAGUGACGGGGGAUUUUGAAGGUUCUAUUUACAGAUUAUAAGGAAAAAACUUACAUAUUUUCAUGUUCUUUCACUUCAGAGCAGAACUCUGCAUAUACCCUAGUUGUAUAUUUCUGAAUAUAUUUAUUAUGCUGCACUGUAAACAUUUCCCUCUCUGUAUAUUCAUGUUGUUAUGACGAGAAAUAAACAUGUUAAACUGUU